AUUAAGUCACCAUUUUCUCCGAAACUUGUUUCUUAACUUAUAUUCACAUACCAGGAAUCCACUCUUGUAUUUACAAACUUAGAGAUAAAGGUACGAAAGCUUUCACUGUGGCGGUAGUACCCUUUUAAAAAGUACACCUUUGUACCUCAAGGGUGCAUUUUAGUACCCAAAGGUAAAGUACAUACCGAUACCAUGAAUGGAACAUAUAAGGACCUUUUAAAAGGGUACCGUACAAGAAACAGCUUCUGUACUAUUUUAAGGAUACACACGUUUACAUACUUUAUUAACCGCAAACAACUUUGUUGCAAACACUGCAAGCAUGUUUAUAUUAACAAAAAGUUAAGACUUCUUGGGAAAAACACUGUAAUUACUGCAAACUGAUAAAAAAAAGAUAAUAAACAUAAUAAAACUAGAUUGACCAGAAUUACUGUUCACAAGUCCACACACAUACACUAAAACUGACCCCGAAAUGUGGGUUUAUAAAGAGCCAUGCGUCCUUCGACUUCAGUCAUUUCCAAAACGUGUGGUUAAAAAUGAAAAGGACAUUUUGGGUGCUGCUGUUUCUGAGUGUCUCUGAGACACUGACCGCAGAAGAUUCGCUCACAAACAAUGAAAUUAGUAUGCAUGACCAUGAAAAAGUCGGUGAUUUACUCAAUGAACAAACAAAAGAGACUGAUGCCAGCGCCACUGACACCUGCUGCUCUCAGGAUCUGAUAAGAGAUUUGGAGAUGAGACUGAAAAUUUUGGAAAAGGAAAACAGAGAUCAAGCAGAAAAGAUCAGACAGUUAGAAAUCAGGUCUUUUAACACAAACAUGGAGCUGCUGCAACAGAAAACCCUGAUAACAGAAAUAAGGACAGAGUGCAAUGACAAGCCGAAAUAUGCAUUUGCCGCUGCACUGUGGGACGGGGGACAUAUUGGCCCUUCAGACAGAGAGAGCACGCUGAUCUUCAGAAAGGUUUUAACUAACAUCGGCAACACUUACAACCCAGCAUCAGGCAUCUUUGUUGCACCUGUGAAGGGGGUUUACUACUUCAGCGUCUCAUCUUUCACAUUGGAUGAGAUGAAUAGUGCCUGCGUGAGUCUGUUUAGGAACCACGAGCGUUUGCUGACUGCAUGUGAUCAUAGCUCAGCAGAUAGAUCCGACUCUGCAAGUAAUGGGGCGGCAAUAGAGUUGGAGAAAAAUGAUCAUGUGUACAUCACACUGCAUGCUUACUCAAGGGUUUACGAUGAUCUUCAUAACAGAAACUGUUUCAGUGGAUUUCUACUGUUUACACUUUAAUCUAGUUCAAACAAUAAAAAACGCAUGAGAUUGAUAAUAACAUGUGCUAAUGAAAAAUAUUAUUAAACUAUUAUUUUAUUAUUUAUCAUUUUUAUGUAUAUUGACAAUUGUUAGUGAAUAAUGCAAUUAUUAAAACUAAGUAAUGAAGUUGUAAUUGGUAACAUUAGUUUAUGCACCAUGAACUUACAAGAACAAUUGUAUUAUUGACUUUUACUAACAUUAACAAAUGUUAUUAAUAAAUGCUGAAAAACUGCAUGUUGUUGGAUCAUGUUAACUAAUGCAUUUACUAAUAAAAAAACUUCAUAUUGGGAAGUGUUACCAUU